AAGCAGAGGAGGGGCAGUGAAAGAAGGAGAGAGAGAGAAUUCCAAGCAGGCUGUGCACUGACAGUGUGGAGACCGAUGCGGGGGUUGAACCCAGGAAGCGUGGGAUAUAUGACAUGAGCUGAAACCCAUAGUCCGACCCGUUGCCAGCUGAGCCACCCUGGUGCCCCUGGAGAAUAUUUUUAAAUGUUGGCUGAAAGAGUUGUAAUUGGAUCAGGGUUUUGAAGAAAUAUGUAUAAGAAAAAGAUUUUAGGUAAAUAAUCUUUGUUUGUGGAGGCAGUUUGUAAAAUCUUAUCCCUGUUUCAUAAAUGAUGUAUUGUUGUCUUUAUCAGUGUAGUAAUAUGUUUUGUAAUCCUGAUAGACAUGAACUUGUCAGGCUAGUGUAUUAUCAAUGUUUGUAGUGCAGAUUAGCAUCCCAAAUGUACUAAAACAUGUUUAGAACUAUUGCAGACAAAAGAGCGACAAGCAUUGUAUUUUCUUUGAUACGUUCGAUGUUAGCAGAAACGUCUCAUUGAUUUUUCUAUAACUUUUAAUGCAUAUCAUUUGCGGAGUAAUGAAAAUGCAGUGGUAAUUGCCAUAAUGCAAGCAAAAAUGAUAUAUCCUACCUGAAAAUGACUUGUCAGAAAAUUCAUUGUAGUGUAAUCAGAAUUUGAGACUUAAGGGGGCAGAGGUUCCCCUGAUCAGGCUCUUUUGAUUCAGGCUAAGAGGAACUCUUAUUUAUUUAUAUAUUAUUUCUUCUUUACUAUCACAUCAGUUUUAUUCAGGCCAUCUUUCUUAGCAGUCUUCCGCUAUUCACGGAACUGUGUUAGGUGGUUCUGCUGUGCUUUUGAAAUACGAAGGGUUCUAUUUUUAGUGUGUGUGUUGUAGAAAACAUGCUAUAGGUUAUUUCUUUAUUUAUUAUUUUUUGUAUCUUGUUUGUAUGUUUUUGCAGUGAAUCCACCCUGCCUCGCUGUUGUUCUUGUGUUUCUUCCCUCUGAGGGAACAGCAAGUUAUGUCAACUCUGUUAAUUACUCUAACUGGUGCAGCACCACAAAUACCUGGGAAAGAAGUAGGCAUACCAGUGUGAGGGUAAAUUAAUAUUUUACAGCCUUUGCAUCAUGUUUGACUGUUCUGUGCACUUCAGCAGAAUAGGAGACUGUAAUUUGGACUCUAUAAAACCUUAUCUGCCGGGUGAUAUGUAAAUAGGACUGUGUGCACACACACAGAUACACCAGCAAACACUCACUGUUAGCUCGUCAAGCGAGUGCUCUCUGCAAUAGCUCGUCAAGCGAGUGCUCUCUGCAAAUCCACGGUGCCUGCGUCUUGCUCAGAAAUGAUUGUCCAGUAGGUUGAUGCUUCAUUUGAGAGGUUACUAGAAAGAAACAAGAAAGGAGGUACUGUGUAAGAGGAAAUCGAAUUUGGUGAGCUUCUCUUUAACUUGGCCACCAUUUAUAUGUGUCACGCAGCAGGCUUCUUGGUGGAGGGACAGACUUAGUGGAGUCUUGUAAGGAUUUCAGAGAUACUGGAAUCUAGAACAGCUUACCUACUUUUCUGCACUCACGGAUUACGUGUGGAGAAACCAGUGGCUAGAAAACUUCUUUUGCAUUAUCAGUCCGGGGCAUGCAAUAGAUGCUUAAAUAAAUACUUGGUGAACGGCCUCGUUAGAAGGAAGAGCGCUUUGGCUACUGUUCGUUACUUUGAAACGUGUUGGAAAGCGAUCGAGAUUAGUUUCCUUUCCAGCUGGGCCCUCCUCUUAAAAAUAGUGAGUGUGUGUGGAUGAGAAUAGUCAUGGCUACCGAGAUGUGUUGCCAUCCAAGGAUAAUUGGCUCAUUUACCUGUUUACGGAUUAUUCACAUUGGAGAUUGUAUUCAUAACUCCAGAAUAGUUUCUUUCUGACAUCCAAUAUAAUCCUGGGCUUUCUCCCUACUUCUGUUACCUGGCGUGGGCUUAGGAAACCCAAACUAAAUUUAAAAUUAGCCCAAACAGCUAAUCAGAGAGGGAAAGUCUGCCCAGCAAUGACCAGUUUGGGGGUUAGUUUACAACCGUGCUACUGAUUCUUUCUACUUAAUGUGGACCAUUGGGGAUGAUCAGUAUUUGAAAACAGUAUUUUCAUAGGGCUGAAAACUCUGUGAGCAGAUCAAGUCCUCAACUUCUUCCAUUUCUAUGCUUAGGUCUUUACCUCACAAAAACUACAAGCACCAGGCUCCCUGAUGGAAAGGAGCAUCGUGCAGAAAGUCGCCAGGCCGGUCGGUGCAAGCUGGGGAUCUGUGUGUCAUCCUUGUAAGACCGUCUCCUGCUCCACGGCCACUCAAGGGAAGUGCAUCCCGUGUCAGCAUACUGGAGCAAAAUGAAAGAGUUUAUUCUGAGGCCUCUGAUGCACUGCUUCCCCAGGCCAUGAGGAAGAAAGAGUGGACUUCAGCCUGUAUGAAUGGUCUUGAAACACGAAUGGUUGUGGGUCUAGGCAUUUUCCAGUGACUUUCUCUACUGCCACUGUUGCUACUCAGGCAGAAUCUGCGCAGAAAGAUCUGCUGGGAAAGAACUGACUGCUUAUGUUUCUCCAUUGUGAUGAAAGCACAUGUUACAGGUAUUUCUCACUCCUCUGGAAGGAAGAAAGAACACGCCUGAGCCGGGAGCACUCCAGCGUCUUGUGGGAAGUCUCCAUGGUGAAGGAUAAGCCAGGGCUACCUGUGAACAGUGCACAGUGAAUGUUAUUCCAGAGCUGCUGCGGGCCGAUCGCACCCACGGGGAGAUGAUUCCUCAUGAAGAGCCUGGAUCCCCUACAGAAAUCAAAUGUGACUUUCCAUGUAUCAGACUAAAACCAGAGCCAGCCAGACAGUGAAACAGUCACCGUGGAGGGGGGACGGCGAAAAAUGAAAUCCAACCAAGAGCGGAGCAACGAAUGCCUGCCUCCCAAGAAGCGCGAGAUCCCCGCCACCAGCCGGCCUUCGGAGGAGAAGGCCGCCGCGGCGCCCAGCGACAACCACCGGGCGGAGGCCGUGGCAUGGCUCCCCGGCAACCCGGGGGGCCGCGGCCACGGGGGCGGCAGGCACGGCCCGGCGGGGGCCCCGGUGGAGCUGGGUUUACAGCAGGGAAUAGGUUUACACAAAGCGCUGUCCGCGGGGCUGGACUACUCCCCGCCCAGCGCGCCCAGGUCCGUGCCGGCGACCACCACGCUGCCCGCCGCGUACCCUCCCCCGCAGUCGGGGACGCCGGUGUCCCCCGUGCAGUACGCUCACCUGCCGCACACUUUCCAGUUCAUCGGGUCCUCCCAGUACAGCGGGCCCUACGCCGGGUUCAUCCCUUCGCAGCUGAUCUCCCCGACGGCCAGCCCCGUCACCAGUGCCGUGGCCUCGGCCGCGGGGGCCACCACUCCAUCCCAGCGCUCCCAGCUGGAAGCCUAUUCCACUCUGCUGGCCAACAUGGGCAGUCUGAGCCAAGCCUCGGGACACAAGGCUGAGCAGCAGCACCUGGGCAGGACGUCGGGGCUCGGCCCCCCGGGGUCCCCCCCUCCCACCCAGCAAAACCAGUACGUGCACAUCUCCAGCUCUCCGCAGAGCGCCGGGCGCACGGCGUCCCCUCCGGCCAUCCCCGUCCACCUGCACCCGCACCAGACGAUGAUCCCACACACGCUCACCCUGGGGCCCUCCCCCCAGGUCGUAGUGCAAUACACCGACUCCGGCGGCCACUUCGUCCCGCGGGAGGCCGCCAAGAAAGCCGACAGCGGCAGGCUGCAGGCCAUGCAGGCCAAGGAGCUCCUGAACGGCGAGAUGGAGAAGGGCCGCAGGUACGGGGCCCCGAGCUCCGCCGACCUGGGCCUGGUGAAGGCCGGGAAGUCGCUUCCUCACCCGUACGAGUCCAGGCACGUGGUGGUGCACCCGAGCGCCGCGGACUACGGCGGUCGGGACUCCUCGGGGGUCCGGGCCUCUGUGAUGGUCCUGCCCACCAGCAGCGCGCCCGCCGCCGACCUGGAGGUGCAGCCGGUCACGCACCGGGAGGCCUCGCCCUCCACCCUCAACGACAAAAGCGGCCUGCAUCUAGGGAAGCCCGGGCACCGGUCCUACGCGCUGUCACCCCAACAGGCCCUGGGCCCCGAAGGCGUGAAGGCCGCCGCCGUCGCCACGCUGUCCCCCCACACGGUCAUCCAGACCACGCACAGCGCCUCGGAGCCACUCCCGGUCGGACUGCCGGCCACCGCCUUCUACGCGGGGACACAAGCGCCGGUCAUCGGCUACCUGAGCGGCCAGCAGCAGGCGAUCACGUACGCCGGCAGCCUGCCCCAGCACCUGGUGAUCCCCGGCACGCAGCCCCUGCUCAUCCCGGUCGGCGGCGCCGACGUGGAGGGCUCGGGAGCCGCCCCCGCCAUCGCCACGUCGUCGCCCCAGUUUGCGGCAGUGCCUCACACGUUCGUCACCACCGCCCUCCCCAAGAACGAGAACUUCAGCCCGGAGGCCCUGGCCACGCAGGCCGCCUACCCAGCCAUGGUGCAGGCCCAGAUCCACCUGCCCGUGGUGCAGUCCGUGGCGUCCCCCGCCGCCGCGCCCCCCACGCUGCCCCCCUACUUCAUGAAAGGCUCCAUCAUCCAGUUGGCCAACGGGGAGCUGAAGAAGGUGGAGGACUUGAAGACAGAAGACUUCAUCCAGAGCGCCGAGAUCAGCAGCGACCUGAAGAUCGACUCCAGCACCGUGGAGAGGAUCGAGGACAGCCACCACCCGGGCGUGGCGGUGAUACAGUUUGCCGUCGGGGAGCACCGAGCACAGGUCAGCGUGGAGGUUUUGGUAGAGUACCCUUUUUUUGUGUUUGGACAGGGAUGGUCAUCCUGCUGUCCAGAGAGAACCAGCCAGCUCUUUGAUCUGCCGUGUUCCAAACUCUCUGUUGGGGAUGUCUGCAUCUCACUGACCCUCAAGAACCUGAAGAACGGCUCUGUUAAAAAGGGCCCGCCCGUGGAUCCGGCCAGCGUCCUGCUGAAGCAUUCAAAGACGGACAGCCUGGCGGGCAGCAGACACAGGUACACGGAGCAGGAGAACGGCAUCAACCAGGGAAGCGCCCCGAUGCUGUCCGAGAACGGCGAACUCAAGUUUCCAGAAAAAAUAGCAUUGCCUGCAGCGUCCCUGCUCACCAAAAUCGAACCCAGCAAGCCCACGGCAACCAGGAAGAGGAGGUGGUCGGCGCCCGAGACCCGCAAACUGGAGAAGUCGGAAGACGAGCCACCUUUGACUCUUCCUAAACCUUCUCUAAUCCCUCAGGAGGUUAAGAUUUGCAUCGAAGGCCGGUCUAACGUAGGCAAGUAGAGGCAGCGUGGGGAAAGGAAAUUCGGCUCUCCCUUCUCAUUUGUAUCCAGAUUACUGUACUGUAGGCUAAAUAACACAGUAUUUACAUGUUACCCUCUUUAGGUUUCUGUUAUAACCUUGUCAUUAGAGUUACAGCUGGUGUUGCAGCAGGAGACCGGGGCACAUGCUUUUCCAGGAGUGACAGCGGCAGGUGGGGGGGAGGGGGGAAGGGCAGGGCCCGCGCAGGCUCCGGGCGUCCUGGGAGAAAGGAACGUGGCUUCCGAGCACCUGCCUUUUCCAGCUGCGGGGAAGCCGCGGCCCGGGCGCUGACUUCCGCCGGUUUCCUGUGCAGGUUCUGCGGGCAGGGAGCUGCCGGGGAGGGGAGGAAGGGGGCGUGUGGGCGUGCACUUGGGGGGCGCGGGUGCAAGGCGGGGGUGGAGGGUGUCUGCCUCCCUCUGCCUCCCUCUCUCUGGCACGGGCCUGGAGGUCCCGCCAGCAGGGCAGGGUCCUGGCGAGGGCCUCACGUGCAAAGCAAACAUCAGGAACCCGGGUGCAGGGCCUGCUAGAGAGGCGUCCGACAGCAGACGGAAAGCCAACCGUGUAAAAGGACCUUUUUUUUUUUUUUUUCCCUCCAACAUAUUUUACAAUAAAAGCAACUUUUAAUCCUAUAGAGAUAUAUUUCCCCCUAUGGGGCCUGACUGCACUGAUAUUUUUUUAGAGCAACUGCCACACGUGGGAUUUCGUUUCUGCUUUACCAAGUGCAGUGAUGUCGCCCGGGUGUCACGGUGGGCAGCGCAGCUUGGCGCUCCGCGCGGCGGGGGGCGGGGGCGGGGCGCUGCGGGGGAGCGGACCGCCCACUCUGGAUUCUGUGCAGUGUUAGGAAAACCAAUCAGGUUAUCACAUUGACUUCGCUCAAACCGCCCUGCCGAGAGCCGCGGAAGCGCUCCUCAUUGGGUUUGCAAAAUCUGGUCUUUUAACUCUAGUACUGUUUAUAGUUCAUGACUAUGGACAACUCGGGUGCCACGGGUGCCACUUUUUUUCAGAUUCCAGUGUGACGUGAGGAAUUAGAUUUUGAAGAUGAACAUAUAUAUAUUACUAUCUCUAAGCACUUAAAAUGCUGUUCACACUUUAUUACCAAGCAUCUUGGUCUAUCAUUCAACAAGUACUGUAUCUCCCUUUAAACUCUUUGGGAAGAAAAAACAAAACAAAACAAAAAAAAUAUAUAAGUUGCUUUCUUUUUUUUUUUUUUUUCAACACUGUAACUACAUUUCAGGUCUGCAGAGUUUCUCACGAGCAAGAUAUUGGAAGUUUCAAUGUGGUUUAAAGGGAUGAAUGUGAAUUAUGAACUAGUAUGUGACAAUGAAUGACCCCCAAGUACAGCCUGACAGGAUGUACUUUUCACUUUGAUGUUUGAGAAAGUAAAGGCAUAUAUGCAGAGCUGGCAGAGAAACUGAGAGAAAAGGGAUGGAAAAAAGAAUACUCAUUUUUGUCCAGUGUUUUUCUUUGUAAGAUGAACUUUUAAAAAACCUUGCGAUUUGCACAUCUUGAGUUUAUAAUUUGUGUGAUAUUCCUGCAGUUUUUAUCCAAUAACAUUGUGGGAAAGGUUUGAGGGACUGAACGAGCAUAAAUAAAUGUAGCAAAAUUACUUUCUAACCUGCCUAAACUCUAGGCCAUUUUAUAAGGUUAUGUUCCUUUCAGAAUUCAUUUUGGUCUUUCUACAUCUGUCACAAAAAAAAAAAAAAACAAAAAAAAACAAAAAAAAACAAAAAAACAAAAACAAACAAAAAAAAACAGGUCUUAGCAGGACAACUCUGAGAAUUUUCUUCAGACUCAUUGAGAGAGUUUUCCAUAAAGACAUUUAUAUAUGUGAGCAAGUUUUUUUAAAUUACUUUAUUGUUGUUAUUAAUGUUAUUUUCAGAAUGACUUUUUUUUUUUUCCAUCUGAAAUCAAAUCGAGAUUCAAUGUUUGGUACAAACCCAGAAAGGGUAUUUCACAGUUUAAGCCUUUCAUCCCCAGAGACCUGAAAUAUUGUUUGUGGGUUUUGGGCGUGUGUCUUAAAGUGCUUUAAAAAAAUUACAAUAAUAAGGUUUUAUAAGUAACGAGAAAUUUUUAAAUAUUCUCACUUGGAGUGGCUGCAACUUAUCUGAACAAAUACUUCAUCAGAUUUUUCUUUUACUGCUGAAAGUAGUACUCCUUCCAUUUUACAAAUUAAAAAAAUAAUUUCUAAUAUCAACCCACAUUUUGGCUAUCUAGUAUCUCAUUACAUUUAGCUCUUACAAGAACUUAAUGAUAUUUAUAAACCAUUUUCUGGGGUGUACCAAAAACAUUUGCAUAGGUUUAGAAUAGCUAGAACUUUCUUUGGAUUUCAUUAUCCUCUCAGCAUGCUAGCAGAGAGCUGGGCGAGCCCAUUCUUGCGGUCAUACUGCUUGUUUAGAGCUGGUUUUUGUUUUUGUUUUUGUUUUUAAAGUUUCUGCUCAGAGACCUUGCUUAAUCUUCCAUAUAUUCUGCUCAGGGCACUUGCGAUUUUAGGUUUUGUUUUUCUUUUUGUUUUGUAACCUUUAAUGGUAAGAGGAAUAUGGGGCUGCCAUGCACACUUCGUCCUCCUCAAUACCACUAUUCACAGAAACUCACGCGGACGCAGAAACACACAUCACCGCCUUUCGACUCAACUUCCAGUAUUGUGCUAACUGGAUCCUCAACACCAACACUAAAAAUGGGAAAACAUACACGGUUCGGAGCAAUAGGAACACCAUCGUAAUUUUUGUGCUUCUAUUUCAGGUAUAGGAAUUCUUAAAUAAUUGGUUCUUUCUAAACAUCAUCCCAUUUCACGCUCUUGCUUUUUUAGUGUGUGCAACACUUCCCGUGCCAACAGGUCUGACCAGUGUGCUCUAGUUAAAGCUCAUUCCCCAUCCAGCCCGUCUUCCCCAUUCUGGCCAGAGAAGGGCUGGAGGGAAGGAACCGGGAAGGAGAGCAGCUCCCGCCGUGAGCUCCCCACCACGGAUGCUGAGUGCUGGGGAGGGGAGCUUUCAGGAGCCCCAUAUGUAUGUCACCCUGUUGCAGAAAGAGUCAAUAAAGGAAGGCUAGGGGACCAGCUUGAGUCCUUCUGUCACCAUGAAGAAUAGUGAAUGUGCAGUGUGGGGAGGAAGCAGAUAGAUUCAUUUCUGAGGCACACCGUGGAGCAAAGAGAACCAAGAUCCACCCAUUCUCCAAGGUGUUUUCCAGAGCAGGUGGGUCCCUCCUCGGGUCUGUGUCCUGGAGACUUUGAGCUGUGCCUCAGAGCACGGGUGGGAAGUGUGGCCCGAUAUGUGUGUAUGCGCUCUGAACAUGCAGCCAGUGGCCAUGGAGGGGCCCCUUUGAACAAUGGUCACCACUCCUUAGUGGCAGCUUUCCCUUCAAAUAGGAAGAACAUCCCAAGGACAGGGAACCUCCUCUUGUUGGCAGACAUUGGCCAGCUCCUGUGUAGCAAACAUGACAAUGAGAAGCAUAGAAAUUCUUCAGUGCCGUGCAGCUCACAAGGACCAGCCAUGUGCCUCUGUACUAUGUCCGCUUGGCAAUAUCUACUGACAACCAUCUUCCGUUCUUUCUUUCCUGUUUUCCAUUUCUAAACUAAUAACAGCAGGCCUUUUGCGUUUACAGUGGAACACAAUCACCAAGAAAUCAGUCAGGGCGAAAAAAAAAAAAAAAAAAAAAAAAAGAAACCAACAAUCAAGAACCUCUCUUUCUAGGGAUUUCUAAAUACAUUAAAGGACUGUUCCUUAGAAUGUUUAACGUAAGAAUUAUUUCAGUUUGUUUGGGCCACAUUGCGGGGGCGGGGGGAGAUACAAAGAUGGAUGCCACUUACCUCAAACCUUUUAAAGUGGAAAUCCAAAUUGCAUUUUUGUUUGGACUUUCAGAAUCAUUUUCCAUGUUGGUCAAUUUUUUGUUUUGUUUUGUUUUGCCCAACUCAACCCAGUUGGGUGUGGGAGGAUUGGAUUUUUUUUUUUUCGUUGCUGUGGAUCCCAUUUCUAAGUCUGAAUUGUGACCCGCUAUGUUUUCUGUUAGGUGAGUGUGUUGGGUUUUCCCCCCACCAGGAAGUGGCAGCACCCCCUUUUCCCCUACAAGGAACUCUGCGGAACCUUUCUCACCUCUUACUCAGGGACGGGGCUGGUGUGUGUGUGGUACACUGACGUGUCCAGAAGCAGCACUUUGCUGUGGAGGAGGCUUGUACAAUUUCAAGGAAUGUUUGGAUUUCCUGCAUCUUGUGGAUUACUCCUUAGAUACUGCAUAGAUUGCAAUAUAAUGCUGCAUGUUCAAGAUGAACAGUAGCUCCUAGUAAUCAUACAAUUUACUCUUUGCACAUAGUUUGAUCUUUACUGAAAUGUGUUGCCAAAAUUUAUUUUUGUUGUUGUAGCUUUGGAAUUUUUUUUUUGUCUGUUUUUUAAGGAAACAAUUGACAAUACCCUUUAACAUCUGUGACUACUAAGGAAACCUAUUUCUUUCAUAGAGGAAAAAAAAAAUCUCAAAAUGCUUUUGAAGACACUAAUGCCAUGUAUUUCAGAUGUGGGAGAAACAGCAGAGUUCUUGGACAGGAGGCCAGGCUUUGUGAGCCGUGUUGGUUGUCAUGGCUACUGUUUCGUGAACCGCACGCAGCUCAACAAACUGGUCUGUUCUCUCCCAGAACCCUUUGCAUUUCUAUUUCCUAGUCACCCAUGAUGAUUCCAGGUGGAAGAAGGGCCCGCAGUCUCGUGGCCCAAUCCGGCGCCUUCAGCGGUGAUAUAAAAGGAAAGGAAAUUACACUUUUUAUUUUUUAAAGUGGAGUGGGGGCCUUUGCUUCCACCUUUGUGUUUUUAACCCAGAUUUUCUGAAAUAGAGAAUUUAGGAACACAUCAAGUAAUAACUAUACAGAAAAUAUACUUUUUUAUAAAGCACAUGCCUAUGCUAUUGUGUUGGGUUGGUUUCCUCUCUUUUCCACGGACAGUGUUGUGUUUCUGUUGAUAGGGAAACUCCAAAGAAUUUGCACACCUCCACUCCGGAGCUGAGAUUUCUUUUACAUAGAUGACCUCGCUUCAAAUACGUUACCUUACGGAUAGGAUCUUUUCUUGUAGCACUAUACCUUGUGGGAAUUUUUUCUUUCUUUCUCUCUCUCUCUCUCUUUUUUUAAAUGUACACCUAAUUUGAGAAGCUGAAGAAGAAAAAAUUUUGAAGCACUCACUUUGAGGAGUACAGGUAAUGUUUUCAAAAAUUGCACAAAAGAAAAAUGAAUGUCGAAAUGAUUCAUUCAGUGUUCGAAAGACAUGGAUCUGUUGAAACAAUGAGUUUCAUACCUUGUUUGUAAAAACAGAAAAAAAGCAUAAAGGUUGAAAGUUACAUGUUGGUUUUUUUUUUAUUUUUGUUUUUUUUUUUUUGUAUAUAGAAAUUUGUCAUGUCUAAAAUUAUCAGACUUGUAUGGUUAUGGCCUGGAAGAAUUACUAGGUAAAAGGCUCUUAAACUAUACCUACGCUUCCUUUAUGUUUUUGUUACAUAGAGCCCUCUUCAGAGGGAGGGCAACUCUGUAUUCUGAAAUUUGAGAAUACUGUUCAUUCCUGUGCUGAAAGUACUUCUCUGAGCUCCUUUCUUGGUUUAAUCUCUCAAGCCAUUGCAACUCCUUUUUCUUCAGAGAUCUUGUUUCACAUUGUCAGCACUUCCUGUUUCAAUAAACCCAAAGAAUAUAAUCCUGAACAAGAAGUGUUUGUAACAAGGGAUCCUAGCUACCAGUAAAACAGAACUCAUUAUGAGGA